GUGUGGACAGGGCCUUGGUUUUUAUAUAUGUGCUCUUAAUUUAUUCAAUUCAAAAUGUGCUGCGCUUAGACCCUACUCAAUAUGCGUUUUUUACGUUCCACAGAACGACUUGGGAACACUACCGACGACCAGAGAUUAUUGAAAUACCUUCUGCGGGAUUACAAGAACCGCAGACUUGUUCGGCCUGUGAAGGAUCGUUCUAAGGCUGUUGUCAUCGGCUUUAGCGCUGAGUUAAUUGGUGUCGCUAAAGUGGAUGAAAAGGAGCAGAUAAUCAAGACUCACUUCUGGGUUCGUCUGGACUGGAACAAUCCUUACAUGACGUGGAAACCAAGCGAUUAUGGCGGCGCCAAGGAGAUUAUGAUUCCUCCUGAGAUGAUCUGGGUACCAGACGUCAUUCUGUACAACAAGGAUUCCUCUUCUGAUUUUCUGCUUCCUCCCACUAACAGUGCUGAUGAUCGACUUAGUUUGAAAGCCACCUCCGGCUUCACAACCUACGUCAAGGUACGACAUGAUGGCAACCAGACUUGGCGGGCUCAUAUCAUCUACAGGAGCAUGUGCAACAUCAACGUCAAGUAUUUCCCGUUCGACGAUCAAACCUGUAAGAUGGUUUUCGCGUCCUGGUCUUAUGACGUCAGCGUGAUUGACUUACGAGAGAGGCGCGGUCAUACAGACGGCAAAGCUGUUGCUAAGAAAGAGAGAGGAUCGGACGUGUUCCAGGAAAACGAGGAAUGGACUGUGGAGUGGAUAGACAUCGAGAGGAAUGAGAAAGAAAAUGAUUGCUGUGAUUUACCAGUGGCGGACUUGACCAUUACCAUGCUUCUGCGCAGACGUACAUACUAUUACGUCAUGAGCCUGAUCUUGCCUUGUACUCUCAUAGCUUGUACCAUCUUCCUGGAGUUUAUUCUCCCAGCAGAGUCUGGUGAACGAGUCGGCCUGGGUAUCACUAUUCUUCUAUCAAUGGCCGUGUUUCAAGAGUUGACGUCAGAGAAGCUACCUUCAAGCUCUGAGCACUUUCCUCUUUUAGCUAUGUACUAUUCAGUGUCAAUCAUGGAAAUAGGUACCGCCCUCGGGGCCACGUGCAUCAUACUAAACUUUCAUCAUCGCAAUACAAAGAUGCCGGGCUGGUUUCACAAGAUUGUGUUAGAAUGGCUGGCUAAGCUUGUGCGAUACGAACCUCGCGUGACCAACCGACACUUGUCAGAUUCAGGAUCUGUGGACGAAAGCACGCAAAAGAUGAUUCAAUCGAACGCUGCCUCGGAAAGGAAACGGAACGACGCGUUUGAUCUGGAAAGAGACUCGAUCGAAUUUGAAAUGGACCUUUUUGAGGAACCUCGUGGGGGACGUGACCAGGUGCUCUUAGCCCAGAAUGGAAACAUUCCCACAAACCACGUUACCAGGAAGCGCUCGGUCAAAAGAAAACCGCAGGACACUGAAACCGAGACAACUGAGGUACAAGUAUCCGAGGCCAGGUUUCCGGUUUACGAUGGCAGCAAAGAAGAGUUUUACAAGAAACAGUGGCAAGAUGCAGCCAGGAUCCUGGAUCGGUUUCUGCUUUUGGCGUCGGUCGUGAUAGGCUCCGUCUCAGCGAUGGCCAUUUUUCUGCAAUCUCCUCGCAUCAGGGGACUUUUUAUUCCGUAACACAGGGCCCGCUGUGAUUUAUGGGAAGACGCCGGAGAUGGCUAGAAACGGCAAGAUGUUGCUUUGUUUUGAAACUUGCCCUUAUUGAACAAAAGUGGUCUUAGUCAACAGAAAACAACAAUGCGCCUUGACCAUCUGCGAUGCAGACGUUUUAGAGACUUGGGUGUGAAUUUGUGUGUUACUUGCAAAAAGUGUGAACGCUUUU